AUGUCCGAAGGCCAAGGUCUCCAUCGGGAGGUGGGACGAGCAGGUGGUGAUCAGAGAGGACAUCGUGGUGGGAAAACAUCUGCGGCGGCAAUUGCCUGUUACCGUGACAGGCGGUCCUCUGCGGAUAGUUUCCAUCUGCGACAUGGGCCAAGCAAAUCUGGAAGCGGUCUUAGAUUGGUGGCCUAUUGA